GUUGGUCGUCAUCUUCAUUCGGAAUUGGGGCACCAUGGAGAUCGUGUACGAGUAUGUGAAGAAGCGCUCAGAGUUUGGCCGUCCGUGUAACUUCUCUGAUCGGCCAGCAGAUCUGCACUUGGACAUCCAGCCUGAUGCAGAGCUGGCAGCCUGCUUUUUCGCGCUGGACUCGCGUGAUGUAGGCAUGCAGUGUGCAGCAGACAUGUCUGAGCACGAGGUGAACACAGAACGUAUUGAGUCAGAGUCACGCGGGAUAAACCAUGUGGAGGGGGGCUGGCCGAACAACGUGAACCCUCAGGAAAUAGAGCACACGAUGCGCUUCCGGAAGAAGGUGGAGAAGGAUGAAAACUACAUCAAAGCCAUCCUAAAGUUGGGCACUCAAAUGGAAUAUUCCAUCAAGCAGAACAACACCAUUGACAUAUAUGAGGAGUAUUUUGAGGAAGAACAGGUGGAGGAGGAGGAGAUGACGGAUGCCAAGGAGCAGCCAGCUGCCAAGACCAUCAAUGUGUUCAGAGAUCCCAAUGAGGUGAAGCGCACAGCCAGCAGUCUCUCUUGGCACCCUGAUGGCAACCAUAAGCUAGCCGUGGGCUACUCCUGCCUGGAAUUCCAACGAGCAGCAAAGGGCAUGAGUUUUGAUUCCUACAUAUGGGAUAUCGAGAAUCGCAACCAGCCAGAGUUGACCCUGAAGCCGGUGUCUCCCCUCGUGAGCCUGGAGUACAACCCUAAGGACUCCCACAUCCUGCUAGGUGGCAGCUACAACGGCCAGAUAGCCUACUGGGACACCCGUAAGGGGGGUCAGCCUGUGGAGAUGUCAGCCAUUGAGCACAGCCACAGAGACCCCGUGUACAAGGUGAUAUGGUUGCAGUCCAAGACUGGUACAGAUGCCUUCUCCACCUCCACUGACGGACAGGUGCUGUGGUGGGAUAUCCGAAACAUGAAAGAGCCUACGGAGAGGCUGGUGCUGGAUCCCAGCAAGAAGGAAAACCUAGAAAAUGCCCUGACAGCUGUCUCUCUGGAGUUUGAGACCACAAUGCCCACAAAAUUCAUGGUUGGGACAGAGCAGGGACUGGUGGUUGCCUGUAACCGCAAAGCCAAGACCCCUGCAGAGAAAAUUGUCUGCACCUACAGUGGCCAUCGUGGCCCUAUCUACGCCCUGCAGAGGAACCCUUUCUUCCCCAAGUAUUUCCUGACUGUAGCGGAUUGGACGGCACGCAUCUGGUCCGAGGACAUUAGAGAGUCGUCCAUCAUGUCGACUACGUUUGACAUGGCCUACCUGAUGGAUGGCUGCUGGAGUCCCGUUAGACCCUCAGUUUUCUUCACAGUUAAGAUGGACGGAACGGUGGAUGUAUGGGACUUUCUCUUCAAGCAGAACAAUCCCACACUCAGUCUGAAAGUUUGUGAUGAAGCCCUGUGCAGUGUGCGGGUCCAGAGCAAUGGGCGGUUGUUGGCCUGUGGCUCCCAGCUGGGCACAGCCACUCUGCUGGAGAUCUCCCCAGGCCUGUAUACCAUGCAACGCAAUGAGAGGGCCCUGGCCAAUGAGAUGUUUGAGCGAGAGACCAGGCGGGAAAAGAUCCUGGAGGCGCGGCUCCGGGAAAUACGACUGAAAGAGCGCAGCCGUUUAGAGCAGGUCAAGGAAGAAGAAGUCCAAGAUGCUGAAGGGGAGGAGAGCCCAGAGGAGCUGAUUGCCCGUGCCGAAAAGGAGUUCUUCCAGAUUGUGGAGGCUGAGAUCAUGAAAUGGAAGAAAGAAGUAGAGAAAGAAAAGGAGAAGAAAGUCUCUGAGCAGAAAAAGUGCUGA